CGUCAACUCCAACAGCCAGCUUGUAUUUUAGAAGGUCCACAAGACUGCACCGCCCUAAUUGGUGGCUGUGUCCGCUUGUCCGUGAUCUAUGAAGGAUUGCCAAAACCACAAAUUGUUUGGUAUAAGGCGAGCCGCCGCAUUAUGGAAACAUCAAAUACAAUUAUCAACACCUCAUCCCGCAAAUCGAUAUUACAGAUUUCCGAUAUCGACACCGAUGACAGUGGCAAAUAUUCGGUAGAAGUUAUGAAUGAAUUUGGUGCCGAUAUAGCCUCGGCCUCAGUGGCCGUUGAGGGACCACCUGAGCCGCCCAGUGGCAAGCCAAGUAUUUCCCAAGGUCCGGAUCGCGUGGCGAUUGCAUGGUGUGGUCCACCAUAUGAUGGUGGUUGUAUGAUAACUGGAUUUAUCAUUGAACGACAACAAUUGGAUCCAAAUGCCCCGUCCCUUGAAGAACAAGAAAACGAUGCCGAUUGGCUGGAAAUUGCCAGCGUUGUGGAUUCAUUGGCCUAUACCGUGAAAAAUUUAAAACCACUCUUUACCUAUCGGUUUCGUGUAAGAGCGGAAAAUAUACAUGGACGCAGUGAGCCAGGCUUACCCAGCGAUCCAGUACAUAUUGCGGAUGAAACUGAAGAAGAUUCCACAGAAGACUUCCAAAGGCCAAUAUCCAUUAAAUCUGGCGGUGAUUUCAAGGAUCGUUUUCAAAUUCUCGAAGAAUUGGGCAAGGGUCGUUUCGGUGUUGUCUACAAAGUCCAGGAGAAGGAGGAUCCCAAACGUAUUUUGGCUGCUAAAAUGAUUAAAUGUAUUAAAUCGAAGGAUCGUGUUAAAGUCCAGGAAGAGAUUUCCAUAAUGAAAUCAUUGAAACAUCCCAAACUGCUGCAAUUGGCUGCAUCGUUCGAGAGUCCGCGUGAAAUUGUAAUGGUCAUGGAAUACAUUACUGGCGGCGAAUUAUUCGAACGCGUGGUGGCCGAUGAUUUUACCCUCACCGAACGUGAUUGCAUAUUGUUUGUGCGCCAGGUUUGCGAAGGAGUUGCCUAUAUGCACAGCCAAUCGAUUGUGCAUUUAGAUUUGAAACCCGAAAAUAUUAUGUGUAAGACACGAACAUGCCACCAGAUUAAAAUUAUUGAUUUCGGUUUGGCUCAGCGUCUGAAUACCGGCUCGCCUGUGCGAGUUCUUUUCGGUACACCGGAAUUUAUAUCACCUGAAAUUAUUAGCUAUGAACCGAUUGGUUUUCAAUCGGAUAUGUGGAGUGUGGGUGUAAUAUGUUAUGUGCUUUUAUCUGGCCUGUCACCAUUUAUGGGUGAUACUGAUGUCGAGACCUUUUCCAAUAUUACCCGUGCCGAAUAUGAUUUCGAUGAUGAGGCCUUUGAUUGUGUUUCCCAACUGGCCAAGGAUUUCAUAUCGAAUUUGCUGAUACAUCGCAAAGAAGAUCGUUGGACAGCAGAGCAGUGCCUAGAAUCGCCAUGGUUGAAACAGGGUCAUUAUGAUGAAAAUCUGGGCAAUAAGAAAAUCUGCACCGAUAAGCUUAAGAAGUUUAUUAUACGCCGCAAAUGGCAACAAACUCAGCCAGCCAUCCAACAUCCUCAGCCUCCUCAACACACUCAACUUCAUUGCCCAGCUCACCAAUACCAGCACGCAAGACGACGUAUCCGUUUACUACGUUCCGGCUAAGCGAACGUGUACGCGAGGUAACCGAUCGUCUGGCCCAACAACAAACCGUCUGCACCGAGGCUAGACGAACACAAAUCUUAAAUCGAAAUAAAUAAUGAAAAAAAUAA